AUGACAGAGGCAGGGCCCGGCACUGACGUUUUCUCUCUGCUCCACUCAGGGGGUUGCCUGGAGUUCCUCCUUCUGCUGCUGCUGGGGCUGGCGCUACAGCGCUGCGGAGGCUGCCCGGCCACCUGCGUGUGCUACCCCUCACCCAUGACCAUCAGCUGCCAGUCGCACCACCUGCUAGCCAUCCCCGAGGGCAUCCCCGAGGACAGCGAGCGUGUCUUCCUGCAGAACAACCGCAUCUCGGUGCUGCUGCGGGGCCACUUCAGCCCAGCCCUCGUCACCCUGUGGGUCUACUCCAACAACCUCACCUUCGUGGACCCGACGGCCUUCCAGGGCUUCGCCCAGCUGGAGGAGCUGGACCUGGGCGACAACCGGCAGCUGCGUGACCUGGCACCCGACACCUUCCAGGGGCUGUCCCGCCUCCACGCGCUGCACCUGUACAAGUGCGGCCUGGCCUUCCUGCCCAGCGGGCUCUUCCGGGGCCUGCACAACCUGCAGUACCUCUACCUGCAGGACAACCAGCUGGGCACCCUGCAGGAGGACCUCUUCGCCGACCUGGUGAACCUGAGCCACCUCUUCCUGCAUGGCAACCGCCUGCGGAGCCUGCAGCAGCACACUUUCCGCGGCCUGGUCAGCCUGGACCGCCUGCUGCUCCACCAGAACCGGCUGCAGGCCGUCCACCGGCGGGCCUUCCACGACCUGCGGCGCCUCACCCUCCUCUUCCUCUUCAACAACAGCUUGGCCGAGCUGCCCGGAGAGGCGCUGGCCCCACUGGCCGCCCUGGAGUACCUCCGCCUGAACGGCAACCCCUGGGACUGCGGCUGCCGCCUGCGGCCACUCUGGGACUGGCUGCGGCGCUUCCGGGGCUCCAGCUCCAGCGUGCUGUGCGAGCGGCCCGAGCGCCUCCGCGGCCUGGAGCUCAAGGAGGUGGGUGGCCAGGCCUUCGCCGACUGCAGGGCCGCCGCGGAGGAGGCGCCGCCCCACCAGAUCCAGGGCGCCCGCCUGCCCCCCGCCGACCGGGCCGCCCCCCGGGACCUGCCCCCGCUCCAUGCCUCCGGGGAGAAGGGCAAGCGCCCGGGCUCCCGCAAGAACUGCCCCAAAGGCCGCAACCGGACCGCCAUGCCGGCCUCGCUGGGGCCCCGCAAGGCCGCAGCCGAAGAGAUGCAGGACCAGGAGCACAAGCUGGGCUUCGAGCUCAUGCCGGCCGGGCCCCCCAAGCCGAAGGGCAAGUGCUCGCGGACGCCCCUCCUGCCCCCCAGCGGCGUCCAGAGGGCGGCCGGCGGCGGGGCGCAUGCCCUGGAGACACCGCUGCUGCUGGCCUUCCUCCUGGCCUGUGUGGCCAUUGUCCGCUGA